GUCAUUGAAUUUUCCAUGUGGGUGUUGUGCCCUUCUUUCUUUCUUUUUUUGGGUCAGGUCGGUGGUGGUGGUGGUGGUGGGGGUUCAAAUAUUCCCCGGUGGCUCCGAAUUCUCCUCGGAGAGAAGUUCUUCGAUCCGUGCGGUGUUCACGACUGUGUGAAGAAGAACGAGAAGAACACGUUUUGCUUGGAUUGCUGCGUCAGCAUUUGCCCUCAUUGCUUGCCUCCUCAUCGCCAUCACCAUCUCUUGCAGAUAAGGAGGUAUGUGUACCACGAUGUCAUUCGCUUGGAUGAUGCGCAGAAACUACUCAACUGUUCCCUCGUCCAACCAUACACAACAAACAGCGCGAAAGUGGUGUUCUUGAACCAGAGGCCAAUGUCUCGGCCAUUCAGAGGCUUGGGCAACUUCUGCGUCACUUGUGACCGAAGCCUCCAAGAAGGCUUCCUCUUCUGCUCUCUCUCAUGCAAGGUCCACCACCGAAUGACCAAAAAAAUUGGCCUCGAGAAACGGCUCCAAAACCACAGCUGUGAGCCCCUUCCAUCACUGAACAAACCAUCCAACGAGGGAUUCCCGGAGCUCGAAGAUGGACACGUCACCCUCGACUCGGUCCUCGAUUUGCCCGUCUCGCCGCCCGCGUCCCCCGACUCAACCCCCAGCGCCGAGUUCGUCAGGAGGAAGCGCAGCCGCCCGGUCCCGAUGACCCGGGUGACGGGUCGGCUCAGGUGCCUGCCGGCGACGGACGUGGCCGGCUUCGUUAACCGGCGGAAGGGCAUCCCUCACCGGUCGCCCCUGCACUGACCACGUGGCGGGAGACGACUGGGCACGCCCUCCUGACGGAUUUCGGCGAUCUGACAAGAAACACACCGGCUUCUCUUUUUGUUUUCUUCUCUUUUGUAAAGUGAUUAUCAUCAUUGUACAGAUGUAUGCGUGCAUGGUUGCAUCUGCCGGUGUCAAUUAAACGUUGCGAAUUAACCCCGUCAGUUUACCAUAACUAGCUAGACAGCAUUUCGUGUGGUCUUAUGUAGGCUGCUGAAUCAUAUCUCUAUCCUUUGAUCUGUUGGA